AGGGAAAACAACACAGCUACAACUUUUCAUAUGGUACCAUGAACGUCUCCAUGCUGAUCUUUCUUUUGCUGUAUUUUCUUUAAUAAUAACUCUUGAUUCGGCAUGUGCUCAAGAGGGAAACAAAUGGUCCGGUCUCCUUCAGAUUCCACCUGCAGCUCGUCCUGUGUGAAACUCUAUCUGUGCUCCAACCCAGAGGACAGCGUCGUAGAGCGCAGAGCUCUGAGAGAGCAUGUUUUCCCGAAACUCACAGAGCACUGCAGGAACACACUGGGGCUGGAUGUCAGGGUGAUAGACCCAUUUGAGUCCAGUGAUCCCAGCCGUUGGCCAGAUGAAUAUACAAGACAGCAGCUGAUUAAAGAAUGCAGAGACAGCUCCACUGGACCUUUUUUACUGGCUCUGGUGGGACAUCAGUAUGGCACAGCCAGUCUGCCCACCCAGGUGGAGGUGUCAGAGUACCAGCUGCUGCUGCAGGAGAGCCAGCAGGCAGGCAUCAGCACCCAGGAGCUGGAGAGGGUUUACCAGAGGGAUGAGAACACUAUCGCCCCCUCCUACCACUUGAGAGCUCCACACAGACACACCUGCUACCCUCGGGCAGAAGUUAAUGAGGAAGAGCAGCGCAAGAUGAAGGCUAAAGAAGAAGAGCUGAGGAAGACCUUUCAGACCACGGUGAGUCUGUGUGUCCACAAAGGUCUCAUGACUCCAGAGAGAGCCCACAGCUACUACAGAUCAGCCCUCGACGCAGAUCUGCGAUUUGCUCUGGACGACCACCCUGAUAAUGACAUAAUCGGACGCUGCCUGGUCUACGUCCACAAGGUCGUGAAUGCAAAAGGAGAGAGAGAGAAAGGACAGGUGACUUUACAGCAGCAGCCACAGUCAGAGGCUGCUACCUCUGACCUUAAGGCAUUACCCACUGAUGGACAAUUACUCUCAGAGCUUUGUGACAAUUUUCUCCCUGGUCUCAUCACUUCCCGUCAGCUUCUAGUCUACACCACCACCACAGAGUGCGACCGUCGCCAUGGUUACACGACAGCCAGGAGGCGAGGCUAUACCGAGUCUCUGUGCCAGCAGGCGUACUCUGACCUCGUGGAGUUGAUCGACAGCUCGAACGUGUUAGAAACCAGAGAAGACUCUCAGCUUGGUGAUGCUUUGGCCCGAGACCAGGCAGAGCAGCAGGAGCUGUGUGAUACCUUGUCCCGAUUUUACGACAUUAUUCGACCAGAAGAGGAAGAGGUCAGGAUGAAGAUCAGAGCUUAUGUGGAGCAGAGUGAGCAACAGUGCCCUUUAGUGGUGACAGGAGGGCCGUGCACAGGGAAGACAGUGCUGCUGGCACACUGUGCUCAACAGAUAAAAUCAUGGCUACCAGACAGCGAUCCUGUGGUGAUCACUUAUUUUUGCAACCUGCAACAGGGGCUUUCCUCAAAGCACCUGUUGUCCAGCCUUUGUUAUCAGAUAGGCAGUAGAUAUCACAGCGGCUCUUCUAAGCGGGUUCCCAGCUUCAACCUUGACACCGACCUGGAUGAUCUCAGCUGCAUCACUAACCCCAUAGACUACAAAUCCAACUGCAGCUCAACAUCUAGUCUGGAUUCUCACCACCAACCCACCACCAGAGAGCAUGUUUCUGACUCUAACCUGUGUACCAUACAAUGCUCAGAUGCUAGAGCACCUUCUGGCAUUAUAGGACCUAACAUUAGUCUGUCUGAGCUUAAAGAACGUCUCUCCUCCCUUCUGUCUUCUCUCAAAAAGCCUCUAGUUCUAAUCCUUGAUGGCCUGGAUCAAAUUGAAAACACUUUUGUUUGUCCUCAAAUCAUUGAGAGCCUCCCUUCCCCCCUCCCUCCCAGUAUCAAACUAAUCCUCACAGUCUCCUCCAACCGAACGCAUGUCCUGGAGGCCAUCAAACUACAUUACCUACAAUGCAGUACGCCUCACUGUGUAUACGAAGGCAGUGAGAGGGAGUCGGGAUAUGUUUGUGUACAGUUGGGAUUGGUGGACAGAAAAGAGUGUGUGAAGUUUCUGGCGUCACUGCUGAGCAGUUCAGGAAGGCGGGUAACGUCAGGACAACAGGCUCUGGUGAACCAGGCGCUGACUUCCUGUUGUCUGACUCUCUAUGUUCGACUACUGCAUGCGCAUACCUCGCUCUGGUACUCUGAUUCAGAUGUGACUGGGUCGUCUCUCCCCGAUGGUGUCCAUGCAUCCAUUUCUGCACUCUUUGAUCACCUCGAGCAGAAACACGGCACCUCUAUCGUGGCUCGUGCCGUCUCCUACCUCACCCUCUCCAGGACUGGGCUCACUGAGGUCGAGCUCACCGAUCUCCUGUCCAGUGAUGAUGAGGUGCUGUCUGAGUAUGUUCCUCGGGGUGAGAAACCCUCCUCUAGUAUGAGAGUCCCGCAAAUUGACAUGGAGAGACUUCUAUUGGAUUUGAGGAGGUUUCUCAUCAGGAGGACAUUUGGUGGGUCGCAGGUUUUGUUCUGGGUGAGCAGGCAUUUCAAGCUGGUGGUGGCUAAGAGGUAUUUGGGAACACAUGAGGCGAGGAGGGAGAUUCAUUCGGAGAUGGCGGAUUAUUUCAGUGGCCAGUGGGCUUCUGGAAAUGCUAAAUUGCUUCUUGUUAACCCGAAAUCAGGACCAAACAAGGAAACUGCCGAAAUGAAAAUAUACAUAGACAGGCAUUCAUCCAGCCAGCCGUUUGUCUUCACUUCUUCACCCAAAGAUACUGGUCACGUGAACUUGAGAAAAGUCACAGAAUUGCCGUAUCACUUGCAAGAAAGUGGGAGGUGUGAGGAGUUGGAGCAUGGGUUGUUAAUGUCAUUGGGGUUUCACCAGGCUAUGGUUCGUGCUGGUCUUCUGGGAGAUCUGGUAACCAUGUUGGAGAGUGACAAGGGGUCAUCGCAGUUCAAGCUUUUAAGAGAAAGAUUAUUCCUUGCAAGCAUAUUGAAGUCUUCUGCUUGUUUACUGCAGUUUUCUCCUCUACAGCUGCCCACAGUGAUGGAAACAAGCAUCCUCCCUUAUCUGGAGGCCUUUCCGGCAUUCAAAGGUUAUAUCAGAGAGAUCAGACAGGAAAGGAGGCAAAGAGGAAGUGGUUUAGGAGUAGCGCUUUGUCCUUCUCCUUCCUCUGUUCCACCCAUUCAGUGUUUAGAGCUUGAUGCCAAAACUAAGACAGUCUCUGUAGCAGAAGCAGCUGGGACAGAGUGCGGGAUUGUAGCUGAGAUCAUGGAUGAUGGUUCUGCUUGGAUCUGGAAAGGUUCUGGAGGUGAGGUAGUUAAAGUAUCACUGAGCUGUGAGCAGAAGGAGCUGAAGUUUGCAGGAGUGAAGAGUAGCGGUGGAUUCAUGCUGCUUUCCACACAGUGCAACAAGCUUUUUUUGUGGGAUGUGACAGGCCCUGAAAUGUUUCUAGAGGUCAAAGACCUUUUGAAAACAGAAUCUGAAACAAAGUCAAACAAACAAAAGGCCAACAAAAUCGAGGGGUUUGUUGGAUGUCAGAAAAAGUUAUUUAUGUGGUGGAAAGAUGAGAGCUUCGUGAGUGUGUUUAAUGUCUCCAAUGAGACCUUGACUCAUUUCCAGUGUCUGAGCUCUGUGACCUGUUUGGUUUGUUCUUCUGAUGGUUUAUACAUGUACUGUGGGCAGGAGGAAGGCACAGUGUCCUUAUUUGACACAGACUCCAGCAGUCUGCUUGGCAGCUUUACAAACUCAAACCACAGUGCAGUUACAUCAAUAAUCGUCUGUGAAGAUAAGGGGGAAAUAGCAUGUGUAGACAGGACUGGAAAUGUAACUUUGUGGCAUGUGGAGGCCAAAACACAACAACCCAGACUUGUAAAAGAAAUAUUCAGUGGAGGUAAAUCUAAUGACAUCCUCAGUGCAGAUUACUCCAAAAACAUUGACAUGUUAUUGGUGUGUCAGGCCCAUCAGGUUACACUGUGGGAUACAAGUUACUGGGAGCCGUGGGACCAGUUCUUCGCUCCAAGAGGGAGGGCCUUCACUCAAGCUGUGCUCUCCCAGGAUGGCCACCUCUUCCUGGCUUUGUUAGACACUUGUGCCCCUGUCUUGGUGUGGAGGGUCAGUACAGGGGAGUGUGUCCUCUCCUUAGAAUCAAACAAGCGGCCUCAUACACUCCUCAAAACAGCCUCAAAUAUCAUUUGUGUCGCUAAUGAUGGCUACCUGACAGUGUGGGACUCUGAGAUGAUAGACGCUGCAGGUACAGCUCCGAAAACAGGGAGUGGAGUGAAGGAAGUGGUGGUUGAACAAACAGGGGAGUGGUUCUACACCACGGACGGGUCAGAAACGGUGUGGGGAUGGAGUUUAGAGACAGGUUUUCCACAUGAUAUCUUCCUACAUGAUGGUCCCGUGGAAAAACUGUGCAUUUCUCCGGAUAACGUCCACCUUGUGACACUUUCAGCAGGGGAAAUUUACGUCUGGCAGACAGAAACAGGUCAGAACAUCCUGCGUAUCCGUGGCACCAGAGCUACAGAUAUCCUGAUCACCCCUAAUAGUAACUUUGGGGUGAGUAUUUCCAGUCGUGGGCUGUCUCGAGUGUGGAAGCUGACACAUGGGAGUAUUGUGUGCAGCAUACACAAGUACCUAUCCGACGCCAAGGUGUCUCCUGAGAGCACCUUCCUCAUUGGCCGUUGUCGUGGUGACCUGUUAGCUGCCAGUCUGUGGUCAGGCUCCAUCAGCAAGCGUUUCUCCUGUGUGGAAAGCUCAGAGCAUGUUGUUGCUUUCCACACGCUUUCAGAACACCCAGACUUUGUGGUGGUGAUGGCAGCUUCAGGCGCAGUGUAUACCUGGAAGGUAGCUGAGGAGACUCUGUGCAGGCACUUUCAGCUGCCGUAUACGUUUCAGUGUCAGCCACAAGACUUCCAAAUGUCCUCCGAUGGGAACUAUGCACUGUUGUCCACCGAUAAUGACACCGUCAACCUCUUGGACUUGUCUCAGGUCAGACUGUGCUCAUUCAAAGCCAAGGGUCCUGUCAUUAAAGCCUGCUUGGACAAAACUGGAUAUUUCACUGCCUACAUCAGCCUGGAGAAAACCUGUGCCUGCGACCCGCAUGCGAGGCCCGUCCUCACAGUCGUGCGACUCACAGAUGGGGAAAAAGUAGGAAGUGUGCAUCUGUCCAAGAAUCCAUUAACUCUGGUUGCGUGUAAGCAGCAGUGUGUGUUUGUGGGUUUUGAGGACGGGUCUGUAGGUGUGUAUUCUGUUUCAGAUGUCAUGAUCAACAUGGAGGACUCGAUCAGGUGCAGAGAAAACCUGAUUGGUGAGUUGAAGCAAUGCCCCUUUGACAGAGCACCAUUCAGCUGGUCACCCCUGGCAACCCCCAAUAUUACAUGGCCUUAAGAUUAUUCUGUAUACUAUACUGCUGGACAAGGAUUGUGUUUUUAAAAUGUAAAAAGAUGAUAAAUUUGACAGAACACAAUGUGAAGUGAAACGUGAUAGAAAUCAGAAGUUGUUGUAUGUAUAGGUUUGUGUAUAUAUGAAUAUAUAAAUAAAAAUACUGUAUAGUGUCGUUUGUUUCAUCCACUUCUGGGGCAAAUAUGAUGGACUGUUUUCUAACCAGACAACACCGCAAUCUGUAACUGCACCAUCGUUUGUUUCACUUUCAGCUGGCCUGAGUUUAUUAUAUCUCUGCAGAAACAGUGUUUUCCUGGGUUUCACUUCUGUGAAAACAAAACCUCUGUCUGAUCAGUUUGCACCAUAUCUACUGUAUCCUGUGUCUUAAAAUAUUGUUAACACAGAGAGGAUCUUGGCACAUGCAUUUGAAGUAAAAUUUGGUUUUUAAUUUA